AAACCCUAAUCCAAAUGGAAGGUGAGAAGUGAGAAAAGGAGAGGGAAGUGAAAUCUUAAAAUAUUAAUAUAAAAAGGGAAAGAGAGAGGGUUUGCUUCCUUUGCUUUUAUUUGAGGGAAGAAAAAAAAAUGGAAAAAGAAAGGGAAAGAAAGGAAAGGAAAGGAAAAGAAAGGAAAGGAAAGGAAAAGAGAGAGAGAGAGAGAGAGAUAGAAAUUAGCAAUAAAAAUGAAACCGGGAAGGACGAUGGUGGGAAUAGUUAUAGUAAUAGAAGAAGAUGAAGUGCAGAAGAAGAAGAGAAGAGACUUAUUAGAGAUGCGUGCAAACUCCGGAAGAAAGGGGACCUUCUCCGUGCUCUUCCUUUUCCUCCUUUUGAUUCUCAUUUUGCCUCGUAUUUAAUCCUCUAUUCACUCUUUUCUUCAUUUCUUUUCUCUUUUAUUUCUUUGUGAUAUGCUUCAAUCCAUCUGCGGAUGCAUUCUUGAUGAAUCCGGGAUUGGUUAGAUUUUAGGGGUUUUUAGUUUUCUUUUUUAAUCUUUUUUCUUUCAACUCCGGUGCUGUUGUUGUUCUUGUCGUUGGAUAAUCUUCUUGUUUUUUAGUUAUAGAUUUUGGUGUAAAUAGUGCUAGAUUUGUGGCGUCAUUUUAAUCUAUUUAUAGUUGCGGGGGUUUCCUCCUAGGAUAUAUUUUGCGAUUCUUGGAGGAUUUUCUUACCCUUUCUUACAUUAAAUCUCAUCAAUACACUAAAUCCUAAAAAAAAAAAAAAAUUCACAACACAGCCCCAAAUCACCCACCGCCAUAUUUAUUGUGGGUUCACUAUACCGGAAUAUCUGAUCAAUUUGUCAACUCUUGUUGUUGGAUUUUACUGUUUUUUAUUCUUUCUAUCUUACUUAAUUUACGAGAAGAAGAAGGAUUAGAAGUUGGGGUCUAUACUGGGUUGCAAUUCUUGUUGGGGCUUUUUGCAUUCUAUGGUAAUACCUGAUACUUCACUGAGAGAUCUACUACACAAAGUUAAGUCUUGGAAUGCGUGGGGGGGCAAGUGAUCUAUCGCCAUCUUCUUUAUCUGGUGAAUUUCAGAUGCACAGUAACAGUCUUAAAAUGUGUUGCGAGUGUAAUACAAACUUGACUGGGCUUUAUAAUGGAUACCACUGUCAAAGUUGCGGUAGGUGGUUUUGCGUCAAAUGUGCUAGGGGAUAUGAUUAUCGCGAUGUUGUUAUUGAAUCCAAUGAUAUGAAAAGCAAUGGUGAUUACAAGUACUGCAUCAAGUCAUGCAAGUUAUGUAUUGGAUUUCGUGUGAAACGUGAAGGUGGGAGGAAGAACAGUGAAAAAGUGCAUCCUUCAGAGUCUCCCCGAGAGAGCCCCGAGCCGCCAUCCCCUUCUUUUAGUGGUCACUCGAUCCGAAGUGAUCACCGUGCCCACUCUUUUUAUUCCCGGGAUUGUGGGUAUUCUCCCCUUGCAGUAACCAGCAGGAGUAUGAUCUCAUUUAGUGCUCACCCAUCUCUGGUGUCUGACCGUCACUCUUCAAGCAGGAGUGAUGAAGAGGCAGAGGAUUCAGCGAAGGACUUUUACAGCCCAUCAAGUGAAUAUUGUCAUUAUUUUUCAGAUAUUGAUCCAAGUAGUGUUACUGCUGGACUCGAGUUCUACAAUUGUAAGUCAGCGGGAUCAAGUCCUUUAGACAGCCCUUCUAGGAUUGAUUUUACUUCCUGUAGAGUUGGCCACCCUGUACAGCGGGAAAAAGAGGGAAACCCCUUAUCUCAAAAUGAUGGUCCCUUUGAUCAAGAAACUGUGGCUAUUUUAAGAAGGCCUGACAAAGGGACUGGGGAUCCAGACAAUAAUGAUGAUUACUCUGAUGAUGUGUCAAUGUUGCAGAGCCAAUGUGACAAGUCUCAAAAACCAUUGGAUUUUGAGAGUAAUGGUUGUAUCUGGCUUCCUCCGCCUCCUGAAGAUGAAAAUGAGGAGGCAGAGAGUAAUUUCUUUACAUAUGAUGACGAUGAUGACGAUAUUGGGGACUCAGGUGCAUUGUUCUUAUCUUCUAGUAGCCUAUCUAGUAUGUUUCCAUCAAAGGAGAAACAUAAUGACAAUAACAAGGAGCCUCUCAGAGCUGUGAUACAGGGGCAUUUCAGGGCUCUUGUAUCCCAGCUUCUACAUGGGGAGGGUAUCAAAGUCAGCGAAGAUGAUGGUAGUGAAGACUGGCUUGACAUAGUUACAUCAAUAGCGUGGCAAGCUGCAAAUUUUGUGAAACCAGAUACUAGCAGAGGAGGCAGUAUGGAUCCUGGUAAUUAUGUAAAGGUUAAAUGUAUAGCAUCAGGAAGCCCAAGUGAUAGCACCCUUGUGAAGGGAGUAGUUUGUACAAAAAAUAUAAAGCAUAAGCGCAUGACUACACAAUACAAAAAUCCCAGAUUACUUCUUUUAGGAGGAGCACUCGAAUAUCAGAGUGUUGUGAAUCAGUUGGCUUCUUUUAAUACAUUGGUGCAACAGGAAAAUGAUCAUCUUAAGAUGAUUAUGUCAAAGAUAGAGGCUCUUCGUCCAAAUGUUCUGCUAGUAGAGAAGAGUGUAUCUCCGUAUGCCCAAGAAUAUCUACUGGCAAAGGAAAUUUCUUUGGUGCUCAACGUGAAAAGGCCACUACUGGAGCGGAUAGCUCGGUGCACUGGUGCUUUUAUUAAUCUGUCAAUUGACAAUAUUUCUACAACACUAUUGGGGCACUGCGAACUGUUCCGAGUAGAGAGAGUGUCUGAAGAACGUGAGACUGCCAAUCAGUUCAACAAAAAGCCUUCUAAAACAUUGAUGUUUUUUGAAGGAUGUCCAAGGCGUCUAGGAUGCACGGUCCUGCUGAGAGGCACAUGUCGUGAAGAACUAAAGAAGGUUAAGCGUGUUGUUCAAUAUGCAGUUUUUGCAGCCUAUCAUUUGUCCCUUGAGACUUCCUUCCUUGCUGACGAGGGUGCAACUCUUCCUAAGAUGACACUUAAACACUCGAUUGCUGUGCCAGAGAGGACAGCCGCUGAUAAUGCCAUUUCACUUAUUCCUUUGACUGAGUGCCAUGCCACUGCUGGUGCCUCUGCCCAAUAUGAGGGACCUCUAGUUCUCAAACGAGAACAUCUAGGAUCAGAAUCAUUAAUACACCUUGAUAGUAGCAAUAUUCCUCCUUUAUUUCUUGGUUCUGAGGAUUGUAGGUUUGGAAAUACACUCUCUGAUGCAUGCCAUGAUAAUUUAGAGUCUAAUGUGGGAUUGGACUCAUUUGCCAUAAGUGAAUUUGAGGAUCAGAAGAUGCUUAUGGUGCCUCCUUCAGGUGUUAAAAACAUUUCUCAACCAGAAUUGCCAGAUAUCAUUGCUCAAGAGGAAAGGCAGCUUACGGAGACUCAUGAAUCAACAAAACCUAAGAGGAUAGAUGAAGAUGGAGUCUCUAGUGAAUACUUCUCAGCCACUGACACACACCAGAGCAUACUAGUAUCUUUUUCAAGCCGCUGUGUACUGAAAGGAACUGUAUGUGAACGCUCCCGGCUCUUGCGCAUAAAGUUCUACGGUUCUUUUGACAAGCCACUUGGAAGAUACCUGCGUGAUAACCUGUUUGAUCAGACAUCCUACUGUAGGUCUUGUAAGGAGCUAGCUGAAGCACAUGUGCUAUGUUACACUCACCAGCAGGGAAAUCUAACAAUCAAUGUUAGAUCCCUUUCUUCUGUUAAGCUACCUGGGGAAAGAGAUGAUAAAAUAUGGAUGUGGCACCGGUGCCUAAGGUGUGCUCGUAUAGAUGGAGUCCCACCAGCAACUCAGAGAGUGGUUAUGUCAGAUGCUGCUUGGGGACUUUCUUUUGGGAAGUUUUUGGAGCUGAGCUUUUCAAACCAUGCAACUGCUAAUCGUGUGGCUCCCUGUGGUCAUUCAUUGCAGAGGGACUGCCUUCGAUUCUAUGGGUUUGGGAGCAUGGUUGCAUUCUUCCGCUAUUCCCCCAUUGAUAUUCUUAAUGUUCAUUUACCUCCAUCAAUGCUUGAAUUCAGUGGCCAUGUUCAGCAAGAGUGGAUAAGAAAAGAGGCAGCAGAGCUUUUGGGCAAUAUAGAAGCCUUCUAUGCGGAGAUAUCUGAUGCACUUGACAGCAUGGAACAGAAAAGUAAGCAUUUCGGAUGUAAGCUGUCAGAUAUGAAUGACUUACAGAAUCACAUCAUGGAGCUGAAAGAUCAGCUUAGAACGGAAAGAAAUUAUUACACUGGCAUGCUACAAGUGGCUGUCAUGGAGAGCUCACAACUGGGUCAGGCAAUUUUAGACAUUCUAGAACUUAAUCGCUUGAGACGUGCUCUUCUAAUUGGUUCACAUGUUUGGGAUCGUCAACUUUAUUCAUUGGAUUCUCUCCUGAAGACAAAUUCUGUUUUCAAGGCUAUACACGGGGAAACAUCCAAUACACAGCUAAAAGAGUCAAGGGAUGAUAUAUCUUGCAAGGAUUGUAGGCUUGACUAUGGUCAUGUAGAAAAUGUCUCCAGCUAUUCAAAACCACUAGAUUCUGUUGGGAAUGACCUACUGUCGGAGCACAAUAAGAAUACACUAUCUUUUCAACAUUUUGUUGAUGAAGAUUCUAUGUUGCCUUCAUAUCAUCAUAAUAACAGAGAGGAGGAAGUACACUCAGAUGGGGAUGUUAUUGUAAAUAACACAUCGUUUGAUGAUAUCCCCUCUGAUGCUUCCAAUCUGUAUGACAGAAUUGAUUCCGCAUGGACAGGUACUGAUCAACUCCUGACAAAAAUUCAAGCUCCACAUGUGUCUGAGACAGAUGGAUUGCAAGUUGGGUCUGUUAAGCAGCUAAUUAUUCGUGAUAAUCCUCCUUUUAAAAGGAUGCUGGCACCAGUAAGAUUUAAUUCUUUCGACUCUGCAUUAAGAGUCGAAGAAAGAAUACGGAAAGGAUUGCCUCCUUCUUCAUUGUAUUUGUCAACUCUCAAAUCAUUUCACGCAUGUGGAGAUUACAGGAGUAUGGUGAGAGAUCCUGUUUCAAAUGCAAUGAGGACUUACUCCCAAACAUUGCCAUUGGAGGCACAGAAAUUGAAUUUAAUGCCCAGUUCUGCACCCACAUUUAUCUCCACUGCAUCUCAUAUGGCUGGAGAAGCUCGGUUGUUGCUUCCUCAGGGGAGCCACAAUGAUAUUGUUAUUGGUGUUUACGACAACGAUCCUGCUAGUAUAGUGUCAUAUGCCCUUAGUUCCAAAGAAUAUGAGGAUUGGGUUGCUGAUAAGUCAAAUGAGAAUGAAGGAAGCUGGAAUAUGAAUGAUCAUUGCAAGGAAGAUUCUGGGACUUCCACAUUUUCAGCAUGGCAGUCUUUUGGUUCUGUGGACUUGGAUCAUAUCCAUCGUGGAAGUUAUGGAUGUGAAGAUCCUUCAUCAUCCAUUGGUACUCUGUUUACGGAUUCCAAAAGAUCUCCACAUUUAACAAUAUCUUAUGGUGAUGAUUCUUCAACUGCUGGAGGCAAAGUAAAAUUUUCUGUUACUUGUUAUUUUGCUAAGCAGUUUGACUCUCUCCGGAAGAAAUGCUGCCCUAGUGAAGUUGAUUUUGUUCGUUCAUUGAGUCGCUGCCAGAGAUGGAGUGCGGAAGGGGGAAAAAGCAAUGUAUAUUUUGCCAAGUCGUUGGAUGAGAGAUUCAUUAUAAAACAAGUUAUAAAGACUGAGCUGGACUCUUUUGAGGAAUUUGCAUCAGAAUACUUCACAUACUUGACCGAUUCUCUUCGUUCAGGAAGUCCAACUUGUCUUGCGAAAGUUCUUGGUAUUUAUCAGGUUACUACAAAGCACUUGAAAGGCGGCAAAGAAAUGAAAAUGGAUCUUAUGGUGAUGGAAAAUCUGUUUUUUGGGAGAAGUAUUGCAAGGGUCUAUGAUCUGAAGGGUUCUGCCCGAUCACGCUAUAAUCCAGAUACAAAUGGGAAGAACAAAGUAUUGUUAGACAUGAAUCUGGUAGAAAAACUUUGUACAGAGCCCAUAUUUCUUGGAAGCAAGGCGAAGAGAAGCCUGGAGAGAGCCAUAUGGAAUGAUACUUAUUUUUUGGCAUCUGUUGAUGUUGUGGACUACUCUUUGCUGGUUGGAGUGGACGAUGAGAGAAAGGAGCUGGUUUUAGGUAUCAUUGAUUUCAUGAGACAAUAUACAUGGGAUAAGCAUUUAGAGACAUGGGUUAAGGCAUCUGGAAUUCUUGGUGGUCCAAAAAAUGCUUCCCCAACGAUUGUUUCUCCAAAACAAUACAAGAAAAGAUUCCGAAAAGCAAUGACUUCGUAUUUCCUCACAGUUCCUGAUCAAUGGUCUUCAUGAACUGUAUCAUUGCAAUUCUUUCCAUUCAAAAAUGAUUUGUUCAUUAAAUAAGUGUUGAUAGCUAGAGAUAAGUGGGAAGGAAUGCCAAUCCGUCCCUGUGAAAAUUUUCCUUCAUUUUGGUGACAUAUUGUGUAUGGGCAAAACAGCCCAAGCUGGAAGGAUUGUAUACGAGGGAAUAGAAAUUCCUUGUUGAGGUCUUUGUACAUCUUUUUUAUACAUGUGCAAGAGCCACCUCAAAGAAGGUUCUUGAAUUUGAUGUUAUUUGCAAUGUACUCUUUAACUCUAUUUGGGUAAAGGAUAGGUUGUAGAGUCUGUAUCAAUAAAAAGAAAAGGAAUAUCCCAUGUUUUCCAA